AAGGGCAGUCACACCACAAGUGUUCUCUGCGGCUGCCUUCACUUCAGGUCCAGACAUCGACUGACACACUUCAGAUCUCUCUUUCUUUCUGACACUUGGCCUUCACUUGUGCAGGAAGCUUUUCUUCGGUUGCCUUUAGAUCAAACUUCUCUACUCUCUCUACUGCUGUUUGUCAAGCCACAACUCUGGUUCUGGGUUGGUGAAAACCAGUAGUUCACUAAGUGUUUUUUAGAUUACAGUACUGCCGGAGUAUUCUGAACAAAAGCCUGCGUCGAAGAUUUGUAGAAUAUACAGUUUGAUUAGAUUUUCAUAGAAAAGAAACACAAAGCUUAGACCCAUACACCAUUUUUUUUCUUCUCUUAUCCAGGGCUACCUCCAGUUAUGCCUACAGUAAGAGGGGAAAGUCCACCUCUAAUUAGGCAUCAUUUAUCUCAUCAAAAGCGUCCUGAUGACUUCUGUUGGAAAUUUACAGAGACAAUGUUGAUUAGUCUUCUCCAUCACUUUUCUGCAAUAGAAAAUAAGGAAAACCUUUCAGACAGAGAAAAACGUUUUAUCAAUCAGAUUGUUUUUCAUGCAAUACAAAAAGCAAGCAAAACCAAUCCACUACUUCUGACUUCAACGCUUGAUAAAUAUAGUUACCGUUAUUUGUUUUUAGAAGUGCAGAAAGAAAUACCUUGUGCAAAGCUUAGAAAUGUGGUUCGUUUAAAUGAUAAAGUCACAGCAGAACAAAUUGAGGUCCUAUUAGCUAGUCAUUUAUUAAAAAUGACAGAGUUUAGAAAAAAGCAUUUGGAAAUUAUUUCAAGAGUGGCAAUUUUCGUUUUAAUCGCGGCCGGUUUAAUCAUAAUGUUUUUGUGCUUUAUUCCUAAGAAUCUCAUUUCACUUUGAUCUCAUGCCAGUUUCUCACCCCUUCAUGUAAGAAGCUGUAUAAAAAUUCGAACAACAGCUCAUAGUCGAAUCUCCUCAAACAGAGAAACACAGAGCGACAAGCUAUAUUUUUGUGCUUGAAUACAACCUUGCCAACAGAUGACUAUUAGGGUCAAAAACCCCUGAGAGGGCAAAUUUUUUAACAAGUAAUUCAUCAGAUAGUUCAACCUUCAGCAAACUAACAAGCACAUCAGACUCCCUUUCAUCAAUGGCAACAAGUAAAGAGGUAAAUGUGUAAAACAAUGUUUAUAAAUGGUGAAGAUUUUGUAACUGCUUUUUACAAAUCAGUAAAUGGUUUUCGUCCUCAUAGGCUCACGCAAAAGGAAACAUGGCGUCACCCAGAGGCUUAGGCUACUUUCACACUGCAGGCCUUAAUGCGCUAUUCCGAUUUUUUGAGUAAAUCUGAUUUUUUUGUGUGGCCGUUCACACUAUGACUGAAAUAAGACAUCAAACGCUCUCCAGUGUGAACGGUUCAUGACCCCAAAGCAAGUCACGUGUGCAGAAGACAAGAAGUUUAUCCACAAGAGGAUCACACCUGUUAAUUCUUCCGUUUUGGGCAGGAAACUGUUUCAACCGUGAGCUGACCUCAAGUUUAACCAGUGCUAAAGAAGUCACCGAAUCCCCUGAAAGGGCACCCUAACAUCACCAAAAGAUUUAUUUUCCAUUUUUUUUACUUAUAAGACUCAAACGGCAGCCUGCACCCCCACAAAUGUCACAUGAAAACAACCAGCUCGGCCGUGAGAAGUGCAUUUUAUCACUCCCAAAUCAUCACUGAUGUGUUUGUUCACGCUACGUGUUCACGCUACGCUUCCAAAACACAUCGUCUAGACUACUGCAAGUCCCUUCGAUGAAAUGAAACGUCACGGACGCCAUCGUCACUCCAAGGUUUAUUUAAUUUUGUCUUUACUUAGUUAUGAGGCUCGAACAGCAGCAUGCACCCCUACAAAUUAUAUAUCAGAACAGGCUUGUUUUUGGUGUGGUCACAACACGGUUUAGUUAGUUAGUGAGUGAGUGAGUGAGUGAGUGAGUGAGUGAGUGAGUGAGUGAGUGAGUGAGUGAGUUAGUUAGUUAGUUAGUUAGUUAGUUAGUUAGUUAGUUAGUUGUUAGUUAAAUCUACUUUAUUUGUAAAUCGCGCCUUACAGGCAAAAAGAUGCCACCAAGGCGCUACACUGAUCAAGUAAAAAACAUAAAACAUUAAGUCCAGAAAAUAAAAACAUUGUAUCACAAGAUACAGAUAAAAAUACAGUGAGUGCACAAAUCGCUAUAAGUAAAACAAUAAAACUAGUUAGAAAGGUUAAAAGACAGAUCAUAAAAGUAGGUUUUUAGCCUUGCCUUAAAAACCGCCACAGAGGCCUUAUGUAAAGAGGAAGCUUGUUCCAAAGCUUAGGACCUGCCACAGCAAAGGCCCUAUCACCACGUGUCUUUAGUUAGUUAGUUAGUUAGUUAGUUAGUUAGUUAGUUAGUUAGUUAGUUAGUUAGUUAGCCAGCCAGCCAGCCACCGAUAUAGUGGAUGACUGCAAGUAUGACUUGGACAUGCCCCAGAAGCGAGGGAACGCUAUCAUUACGUUUCAAGUCUACAUUUUACACGCUACGCUUCCAAAACACGUAUAGAUCGUGCCAGACAGCAAUUCAAGCACAAAGCAGUGUGAAACACAUCCAGAAGCUUUCAAAAUGAAAGUAACAUGCAAGUAAACAUAGAGGUCAUUUACACAGGAAGUUUACCGCUCUUCGCUGGCCCCUUUUAUAAAGAGCUAGUCACUAAUCUGGGUGUAUCAUUCAUCCAUUCACACACACACACAUUCACAUAGUGAAGUGGAUAUCCAAAGAUCUAUCUAAAGAAAAUUAAGCUCAAAGAAGCAUGUGAAUCAGUAGCAGACAAAAACAAUGCUGUCUAAAAUUCCGCCCAGGUGGUGAUGUCACAAAGCCACUGGGCGGAAUUUUAGCCUGCAUUCCGCUGUGCCCCCUCAGGCUCUGAGGGGUAAAGAAGAAGAUGGAGGAUCAACACCUAUGUGUUGUAGUGGGAUCUAUUACUGCAACACAUUCUCCCACCUGUUCAUCCUGUUUGCUAGCACUACAUAAGCUAUUCAUGUCUGGUGUAAUGCUAGCAGCCAGUGCUGCAUGCUGCUGUGUUAAUAUAGAUUAUAAUUUAGUGUAAUGUGUCACAUGGGCAGGUUUUCCUCUACAUGUAAAUGAUUGUGGCGGUGCACCAGAGCUAAAAACAAUCUGCCACACCUUCACAAUUACGUGUUUUCCUAUAUGUUAAAACAAUGUAAAACAUAGGUCACAACAGAGUGCUACGACACCCGGCACGCCUCCUCACAAUGUGUGUUUCGAGACUCGGUCCUGCAUGUGAAAAAAAAUAAAGUUGUGUGUCAUGUCCGCAUUCCUAAGGCAGUGUGGAAGGAACGAGGCCAGGCUGGGGCGGACAGAGUGGAGUCGAUGCUAGUGUCUGUUUGUGUUGCAGGUGGGCGUGGCACAAGCUCCAUCUGAUCCUGAUUCCGCUAAUCAGAGGGCCAGGGGAUUUCAGGAGCGGUGUGACACAACUCCAGCGCCGGUUGAUACUCUCACCAGGUAUCGCGCCUCACAUCCUCUAACCACGUCUGGAGUUGUUUUCCUCGUCCCGUCGCUCAGGAUCAUCUGGCCUCCACUCUCCAUCGCUCUGCCUGCCAACCUACACCCUGGACUCACACAACCUUCUCCUGCCCACCUCCUCUACAACCAUCGGACCUGCCGCCUCUCCUCCACUGAACUUCACCCAGUCCACCACCGCUAAGAACUGGUUUAAGACGUAAGAGCAAUUCAAACACCAAACGUAUAAUUCUCUUGGUCCUCUGGUUCCGCCUCGUAUUCACGAUUGUUUAUUCUUUUGUUUUGAUUUCCGGUCCGUUCCUGUUCCUGCUUUUCUGGAGCAGCCCCCUUAGUUUUUCCUUAGCUUCAUUUAAUAAAAUAUUUUACUCUGUUUACUUGCCUGGUUUUCAUGUCCUGAGUUAAGCACCUAGCCCACAACAUGACAGCCUCGUUGUAGGUCUUUAAAAAAUAUGUAAUCCUGAUUUAUUCACAUUUGACAUUAAUGAUAAAUGAUGUUCAAAUGUUUGCGAGGAACAAAAUGUAAAUGUCUCUCAACAUUUUCACGGAUAGACUAAUGAAAUUGGUGGAAAGCUCCAUGUAAAAUAACAGCGCACCUUGGUUGGAUAGCGAGUGGAGAUCUCUGAUGCUUCUAAGGGACAACGCUAAAGCCAUUGCUCAAAACUCAGGGUGUUCUGUAGACAGGAACACUUACUGUUCAUUGAGAAAUAAGGUCAGACCAAGAAAAAGAGAAAUGAGAUCACAAAACUAAAUCGCAGCAAAAAGAUUAUUUUAAAGAUAAAUCCAUAACUCUAAUUAUAGUAAAAACUGUGGGAAAAUAUUGAACAUGCAAAAGGCCAAAUCAUCUCCAAAAUGUGUGGAAAAUGAGGGACAAUUUAUUACUAGACCACAUGAUAAUGCUAAUUAUUUUCACAAUUUUUUCACAAAAAAACUCAACAAUUAAGAUCCCACAUGGAAAUGACUGUCAGUGACUCGUGUAAACCAUAAUAUAAUGUAAGGGGAAAAACUGUCAAUUUAAAGAGCAAGUCACCCCCAAAUCAACGUUUUAUUUAUCUGUCAAAUAGGUCUGUAGUUUUUUUCUAUGGCAGCCUGUCUGAUAGUAUUGCAACAUCAUCUGGUCUAUCACAAGGCCACUUUUAUUUUCAAUAUGUAUAAAUGAUCUUCCAUAUGCUGAUGAAAACGCUGGUGUGGUCAUGUAUGCUGAUGACGUCACUCUCUUCAUUGCUGCGUCAAUAAUACCUGAACUGAAUGAGUGUCUACAGCUAAACACAGCAGAGGACUGGGUGAAGAUGACUACCUCACUAAAUCUGCACAUUGAGGGGGUGGAGCAGGUCACCAAGUGUUGGGCGUUAGAUUAGAGAACUUAUAGUCCUGGUCGGAUCACCACGCAGUCAGUAUGAUGGGCCGUAUCUGCAUAUUGUUCACCCACUGUUUUGAUAAAUGUUGUUCAAAGUCUUGUUUUAUCUCAUUUACAGUAUUGUACAGUAGUUUGGUUCAGUGCAGCCCAGGAGCAUCUAAUAAAACCACAAAUGGCUCAGAACAGAGCAGCCAGAGUGGUUUUGAACUGUCCUCUUCGAACUAAUGUGCACGAGAUGCAUCUCUAAUUGUCAUGGUUAACUGUGGAGGCAAAAGCAGAAUACAGCCUUCUGAUGUUUAUGCAAAAAGUUACGACUAAUAUAACUACAUCAUUUUUAAGAAAUAAUAUUACUUAGUGGAUAACGCCUUGAGCACAUAACACGACUAAGCAAUAACAAGGUUAUAGUCCCGAGACCUGGAAGUAAUUUUAUGAAGAAAACGUUUCUGUAUGGAGGGACUGUUGAGUGGAAUUCACUCCCAGGUAGUGUUAGGGAAAUCCAAAAUCGGAGCACUUUUAAGAAGACAUAAAAAAGGCUCCUGCAUAGAAAGCAUGGUCUGUUAUAGUUUAGUUCUCACGGUGAGCAGACAGCAGGUUGUCCAGUGUAUCGGUUGGCCUUUACAGCUUUUAAAACUGUAAAAGUAAUAUUUUUUAAGGUUUUAAUCGUAUUGCUAAAUGUAUUUUGUAUUUUGAAACAAUGAACCACAUGAAGACUAUCAACCACUGCUGUGGCAGCUAAUGGGGAUCCAAAUAAAACAAAUAAAUAAAUCUCAUAAUAUUCUGCUUCUUGUUUGUUUUCUGCAUGGCUAUUUUAAUCCUGAUUUCAAUUAUCUCGUUUGAUUGGGAAGCACACAUGCCACCAAGUGGUGGAGAUGAGAAAGACCGCUACGCAAGUGGGGACCUUACAUCAGGGGCUCUCGUGCGCCAUGCUGCUGGCCAUUCUGACUCUAACCACGGAAGAUGUUGGAGCUGCAGCUUUUCUUACCCUUUCCUGUUUGAACCUUUUUAUUUGUGAGAGCAGUUUAGAGAAGAGCAGUCCUUGUUUGUUGUUUUUAUCUAAACUACUUGAUCCAUUUUCUCAGAUGGGCAGACAGGUUUGUUCUUUUCUCUCUGCUUUCUCGGAGCAUGGGUGACGUCCAAGUCCUCGUCCAUCCCUUCUCUUAUCAACUGGGAGACUCAAGCUGAGCCUGAUCAUGUUGCACCCUCCGUCUUGGCACCAGUGAGGACGCGAGGAAACACUCCAGGUAACCACAGCGGGACCUCGCCAUCUCCGCGCGCGCAUCUGCAGAGGACAAUACUGCGGCAAUGGAAAGUCUCUCAAAUGAAAGUGACAUGUGGCAGCUCAACGACUCCUGGAGGAACUCGAGUCUUCUCAACGGGACCGCCGGGCUGAACCAGACCAACCCCCUGAAGCGGAACGAGGAGGUGGCGAAGGUGGAGGUGACGGUGCUCGCUCUGGUGCUGUUUCUGGCGCUGGCGGGGAACCUGUGCGUCCUGCUGGCCAUCCACACCACCAAACACAGUCAGUCUCGCAUGUAUUACUUCAUGAAGCACCUGAGCAUCGCUGACCUGGUCGUGGCCAUAUUUCAAGUUCUCCCCCAACUUAUCUGGGACAUUACCUUCCGCUUCUACGGGCCGGACAUCUUGUGCAGGUUGGUGAAAUAUCUGCAGGUCGUGGGGAUGUUUGCCUCCACUUACAUGUUAGUUUUAAUGUCUGUGGACAGAUGUCUGGCUAUUUGUCAGCCUCUGCGGUCUCUGCACAGAGGGAAGGAUUGCUUCUACGUGGUUUCCUCCUGGAUGCUGAGCCUGCUCUUCAGCAUCCCGCAGAUGUUCAUCUUCUCGCUGAGAGAGGUCGGUCCGUUUGGGUCCGGGGUGUACGACUGCUGGGGCGACUUUGUGAAACCUUGGGGAGCCAAAGCUUACAUCACGUGGAUCAGCCUCACCAUCUACAUCAUCCCCGUGGCCAUUCUGAGCAUCUGCUACGGCUUGAUUAGCUUCAAAAUAUGGCAAAACUUUAAACUGAAAACCAGACGUGAGCAGUGCAUCAACCUCACGCCCAAAACCUGCAAAAGCAACACGCUGGCGCGCGUGAGCAGCGUAAGGCUCAUCUCCAAGGCGAAGAUCACCACGGUGAAAAUGACUUUUGUCAUUGUCGUGGCAUACAUCGUCUGCUGGACCCCGUUCUUCUCUGUCCAGAUGUGGUCUGCAUGGGAUCCAGCUGCGCCCCGUGAAGCCAUGCCCUUCAUCAUCUCCAUGCUGCUGGCCAGUCUCAACAGCUGCUGCAACCCCUGGAUCUACAUGUGCUUCGCUGGACAUCUCUUCCACGACCUGAGGCAGAACUUCCUGUGCUGUUCCACCCGCUACCUCAAGUCCUCCCAGUGCCGCUGUGAGCGAGACUUUGACUCCAGCCACAAGAGCAACUCCUCCACCUUCGCCAUAAAGAGCACCAGCAGCCAGAGGAGCAUCACGCAGACAUCCACCACAUGAGCCCCCCCCACCCCCA